CCUGUGGUGGUAACACUGGUGGUGGUUAUUUACCCUUGGCAGGUGAUCCUCCUUCACUGGGACCCAAGCCAUUUAACAAUUAAAACCCAGUAACAGGAUGUGGUGCUGUAAAAGUUCAUGAAGAAGGACAAUUCCGGUUUAAGAAUGAUUUAAAAGAUGAAUCGUAUAAAUGAUUCCCCAACAGGUUUGACCGAAUUUGGGCCUCUAACUCCUGAUGAAAAGCCUCAGGGUUAUGGAUUCUCCUUUUCAAAGCUCUUUCAGAGAGCUGUUCGAGGAGCAACUGGUACAUCGAAGUCAGGCAACUCAGCAGAUCAACAGAAGCAGGAUCAGCAUGACCGAGUUGGAAGUAGCAGAGAAUCAGAUCACCAAACUGUGUCACGAUCAGAUUCCCUCAUUGACGGAGGGCCGGGUUGGCUUGAAAAGGGGAUGAAUGAUGGCGGGAGUGUGAGCUCAGAGACAUCAUCAGUUACAUCAUCAAUUUCUUCAUUCAUUAACAAGGCUGGACCAGCAGCAUCCUCAGGCCAUGACCGAACACUACCCAAUGUUCUCACCAGGAUAAGGAACAUCAUAGAUAAUCGGGGAUCUACUCCACAACAAUAUAAAGAUUCUGACUUCAAGCAGUAUUGGCUACCAGACAGUGUAAGUCGGGAGUGUUACGAAUGUGAGGAAAAGUUUACCACCUUCCGCCGAAGACAUCACUGCAGGGUUUGUGGUCAAAUCUUCUGCUCAAGGUGCUGCAAUAGUAUGAUCCCAGGGAAGAUUAUUGGAUACACUGGUGAGCUGCGAGUGUGCACAUACUGCUGUAAAGUGGUUUUGUCGUACCUUCAGUCAAGCAACCUAGCUGCUGAUGUAUUAGCUGAUCUGAGGGCUCUCCAGGAGGAGUUACUUCCACCCUUAUCAGCUCAUGCAUUUGGUGCAAACAGUCACGAUGCCACAUUCUACACUUCCUCUGGAUCCAACACUCCUUUGGCGACACCUAGAGGAACACUUCGUCGGCGACCCUCACUUGGUUUCCAGGAAGAGAAAUAUGCCACCAGAACCAGGUACUCAAGUGGAGAAUACCAAGCAUUUGGAAGUCAACGUGACAAUGACCAGAUGACAGCAGAACGACAAUUGUUGUUGCAAGACUCACAGCAGCUUCACUCCCUGUGGUCUCACAUGGCUGGAGGGGCUGGGGGGCUUCCUCUAGGAUCCCAUCGACAUCGUCUGAAAUCAUUCCACAGCUGUUUUAUAGGAAAGGAUCUGGUACAGUGGCUUCUUGCAAAUGACAAAGCAUCCAGUAGAGCCUCAGCAAUAGCUAUUGGCCAAGCUCUAUUAGAAGCAGGUUAUUUGGUGUGUAUAUCACAGCCAGAACAAGUGUUUGUUGAUGACUAUGUUCUAUACCGUCCAAUGCGUCCAAGCAGUGACAGCUCAGAUAAAGGGGCUCAGGAGGGCCUAAGUCGCACUCAAGAUGGAGGGCAGGAACCUCUUUGGGUGAAGCAAAUUUCCAAUAUGGCAGAAGAUACUGAAAGUGAUAUGGAGGUGAAUGGAAGCAGUGUGGUCUAUGAUGACCCUGGGCACAGUGUGGAGACUCCUAGUUCUAUUACUUCAUCCACUUCAAACUACUGCCUGGAUUUGAACCUUCAAGAUAAUGUUGUGUCAAUGAGGAAGCCUCACUUAUCUAGUAGACGGAGCAGCAUUAACAGUGACGUGGUUGAUAGCAAAAGCUCAACAGUGAGUCCUUCUUUAGGAGAGACACAGUACGCUACAACAGUUUCUGCUGCACUGAGUGCCAGUGCUCAACUGUCACUCUCCAGGGAGGCACUAGGGGGAGCUACUGCUGUUAUGGCUGAGGAAGUGCUACAGGCUCUGCGAGGUCAUGGUGGAAGACAAUCUCAGGCAAGAUCAGGCUGGCAGCAAGAAGGAACCCCUAGUUUGGACAAUGAAGAUACACUUAUUAAACAAAGACUUAAUGCCCUGUGGGGAUCCCAUGAAACUGCCCUCUUGUGCCAACUCCUUGACUCAGGUGGUUUGUCAUCAUCUUGGGCAGAAGUGAUCCUUCCCAUUGUUCACACAGUCACAGACAUUAUCCGUCCCGACGUCAAGAAUGAUAGUGACGACAUGGAUAUACGACAAUAUAUACAGUUUAAGAAAGUGCCAGGAGGCACCAGGAGUGAAUGUGAAAUUCUAAAUGGAGCCGUUUGCACAAAGAAUGUUGCUGACAAAUCCAUGGCUGUACGACUCACCGAUCCACAGAUCCUGUUAGUAGCUUCCACCAUAGACUAUCAACGGGGCAAUGACAACAAGCUCUUAGCUCUUGAUAAUCUUUUACUACAGGAAGCAGACUACCUCAAGAAUGUCGUAGCAAAGAUUGUCUCCUACAAACCAGAUAUUAUCUUGGUUGAGAAGAGUGUUGCUUUCCUGGCCCGAGAAUUCCUGCAGGCUCAUGGUAUCACACUGGUCAUGAAUGUGAAGCCUUCUGUAAUGGAAAGAGUUGCAAGAUGUACACAAGCUGAAUUGGUGUCUUCCAUAGAUGCACAGAUAACCAGACCCAUGCUGGGAAUGUGUCACAACUUUUAUGUGAGGUCAUAUGCUUUUCAAGGGAAAAACAAAUUAAAAACCUUAAUGUUCUUUGAUGGCUGUGCAACUCACUUGGGCUGCACUGUGAUCCUCCGAGGUGCCACUAAUGCCGAGCUGAAGCGAGUAAAGAAAAUUAUGUACUUCAUGAUAUAUGCUGUAUAUAACUGGAAACUUGAAAGGUCAUUUUUAAUGGAUGAGUUUAUCUUAAUACCUCCUCUUCCAUCUGAAAGUUUUGACCUAGAGGACCAGGUAUUUGAGGAUGAACACAGAAGGAAUGGUAAAACAGGGAAAAUUGACCAGGAACAAACUACAGGAAAAGAUUUGAUUGAAGUUGGAGAUGGAAUUAAGAAUGAUCCUUUUACAAAUAAUGACUUGGUAAUUUCAGCACAGAUUCUGGAAAAUACCAGAAAUCAAUCUGUCAAAGAGUGUGUGCAAAAGGAUUCUGUAAACUCUUCAGGUGAAACACCCGUGCCAAUGACUGGGACUGCAGACAAGGCAAAGUUAUCUCAAACAAUCAGUGAUUUCAGUGACCCAUUACACUCGUACCUUAACUCAGGUGUAUCUCCUCAAGAAGGUCCCAUUGAACCUACGCAUCACUCCCUCUCUUUAACAGAGUUACCAUUCUCCAAUAGUUUCAGAAAAUCCCUUGAUGAAACUCUUUUCUCAUGUUCUCCAUAUUUGAAGUACAGUGUUCCAUAUCUUGAAUCUGAAGUUGGGAGAAACUGCAUAUUACGCAGAUACUUCCAAAAGAACUUAUAUUUUUCUGUACAGUUGGAAAAAGAUAAUUUUAUGCGACGUCCACGCUUCUCAGAGAUGGAAACAAAAGAACAUAAGGAUGAGAAUCAGAAUGUUGAAAUAAGGUCUCCUCAUGAAUUCACUAAACUUAAACUAACUAAAGAAGCCAAUGACAAAGAUUUCCGAGCAAUUUUAGCAGAUUUUAGAGCUCGAGGUGGACAGAUGAAAAACACAUGCAAGUGUGAGGGGUCUGUCGGAGAGUUAAAGGACCAGAGGCUCACACAUAUGGGCAUAUCCCUGGAAAGAUCAGAAUCUCAUGGACAAGUAAUUGUUGAAGGACUUUACAUGGAUAGUACAGGGUUCAACAACAAUAAGCAAGCAGCGAAUAACCUUUGGAGUGGACAGAGCGGUUUGAUGCUUACUUCUGAUGGACGAGUUGAUGCUCUUCACCCCUUCAACCACCAGCGAUUAUCACUUCUUUUCUCUAGCUACUCUCAGUCCUCUGAAUCACCUCCUGCUUUCUGUGUUAAUCCAUGGGUUUUGACAAUGGAUUUCUAUGGAAGAAAUGAUAUACCUCUCGGGGCCUUCCUAGAGCGUUACUGUUUUAGCCCCACAUAUACUUGUCCAUCUAGUCAGUGUUCCGUGGCAGUGGUGGAUCAUAUCCGAAAGUUUGUUCAUGACACUGGAUGCGUUGAUGUUCUUCUGAGACGUCUUGACACCGUGCUAGAUGACACUAACACUGGAUCAAUACUAAUGUGGAGUUGGUGCAAAAUUUGCCGUCAGGUCACACCUGUGGUGCCCAUGUCCUUGGAAACUUGGUCACUGUCAUUUGCCAAAUACCUAGAGCUGCGUUUCUAUGGGGGGAGUUUCUCACGGCGUGGGACUCCUGGGUGCUCCCAUUCUCUCCACCAUGACCACUUCCAGUACUUUGGAUUCAAAAAUCAAGUAGCAGUGUUCAAGUAUAUUGGCAUCACACUACGGGAAAUUGCCCUACCACCUUCUGAGAUGAAGCUUUGUAUUCCUCCCAUUACUCAGUCAUCUGUCGUCGAACUUAUCAAAGGCGUGGCAAUGCAUGGUUACUCCGUCUUCUCAACAAUUCUUGAACGUGUGACAACACUGUCUUCGGAGUGUGGAAGUCGGUGGGAACCUCUCAUUGUAGAAAUCAGUGAGCAUCAAAACAAACAGCGCUCCAUAUUUAGAGAGAUGAUCGAGAGUAUACAGCUGCAGCUAACAUCACCAACAUUAGAAGCCAGGCGAUUACAUCCUCCCACUCCCAACACUACUCAAGAAGUAACUACAACAAUGCUGGCAAUUACAGACCAAGUUAUACUGAUCAAGAAGCAUAUUGCUCAGGUUGUCAGUGACUGGAAUGUCAAGGUACAAGAUCUUGUACAGCUUCGUAAGAGAGAAGAGAAAUUAGAGAAAGCAAAAGUAAUGGCCACCAACAGUGGAGGUGGAUUGCCCCGUCAGUCUACCAGUAAUUCUAUAUCAACAUCAUCGGCAGCAUCAGCACAUGCAACUACUUCUACUGGGGAAAUGUACAGUGCACAAUCACAUAAGCAAGCCGGUGAUACAGCUUCAGUAGCAUCCUCAGCAGCUUUGACUGGUCUCUCAACAGAUUCCCUCAGCUUGUCAGCCUCCUUCAGUGAACUACCAGGUCAAGAACUUCCCAAAAAUGCUUCAAAUGAUGCUGGUGAGGAUGUGGUAGAAGAAGGACCUGCAGUUAGUGGUGAGUCAUCACCUGUCCCUCAGUCAAAUGAAGUGCAGGACACCAGAAAACUUCCAGAAGAGGCAAAAGAAAAUAUACAAAAUGCACUAGGACUAGUGUAUGUGAUGCCUACUGCUGUGUGCCUAGCGGAGGAGAUGGAUCGCAUCCUACGGGCUUUAGCUGCCCUUACUACCACCACCCAAUCAUCACCUGAUCCAGGCAACAGUGUUUUGUCACUGUCAUCAGCAUCCAGUGAUGUACUGAAUAGUUGGGAGAAUGAGAGUGAUGUUAGUGGUGGGCUGCAGGCUGUUCUACCUCACCAGAUUGUAGACGUCUCUUCACUACUUCACCGUAGACAAGCAUCAGAUUCAUGUGAAGGGCUGAUAGGUGGAUGCUCUUCUACAUCUGGCUCACCUGGCCGAGGUCACGAAAGGUCUUUAUCAGAUGGAGGUCAGACUGGCUUACCUAGAGAGACUGGAGACCGAAUUGGAGAGAGAAGACUUGCUGCCACUGCUGUCAAGAACAUUAUAUCAACUUUUUGGUCAUCUUCUGCCAAUUUACUGGUUGAGUCACCAUUUGGAGCUAAUGAACACUACCUGUUGCUGCCAGAGGUAAAGAUCCCAAUAGUAGUAUAUGGUGAAGAACCUUCCUCUAUUAUUGCCCAUGCUUUAGCCUCACAAGAAUAUUUUAAACAAUUGACAACACUUAAGAAGAGGUUAAAAGAAAUGCAGAAAGAAGGAAUAAGUUCCCGGUCCAGCGAUAAGGAAUCUCUGCCUUCAGUAGAUGGUGCUGACAGCUCUAGUAUUGAAGAUUCAGAAUUCUGUAUCUCAGCUGCUACUACAGACUCUGAGAAAAAUAAAUUAACCAAAGAUUUGCAUAUAGAACUUCAAUGGAAUGAUCAGCAUGCAAAGUUCUAUUGUAAGAUAUUCUUUGCUGAACACUUUCGGCAACUCCGUAAAAUGGUUUUUCCUCGUGGGGAAGAAUUUUACUUACGCUCUCUGUCUCGAUGUAUCCUCUGGGAAGCUCGUGGUGGUAAAUCUGGGUCAGUCUUCUGUAAAUCACAUGAUGAUCGAUUUAUACUGAAGGAGAUGUCACGCUUUGAGAUGAGCUCUUUUCUUGACUUUGGUCCAGCAUAUGUACAAUAUGUAGUGAAUUGUGAAAAGGAGCAGCAGCCAACUAUCCUGACAAGGAUUGUUGGUGUGUAUCGAAUUGGCUACAAGAACACGACCACCAAUAAGGCCCAGCGUAUGGAUGUUUUGGUGAUGGAAAAUUUGUUUUAUCAACGGAACAUCACUCAUAAAUUUGACCUUAAAGGGUCAAUCAGAAAUAGACUGGUGAAUACAUCUGGGAAAGAGGAGUCAGAAUUGGUACUUCUGGAUGAGAAUCUUCUACGUAUGGCAUGUUCUUCUCCUCUGUAUGUAAGACCUCACAGUAAGACUGUUCUAAGCAGGGCCAUUGCAGCAGAUACAGCAUUUCUCUCACAGCAGCUCAUCAUGGAUUAUUCACUUCUUGUUGGCAUUGACAGUACUGCUAAUGAGCUCAUUAUUGGUAUAAUAGAUUAUAUCCGGACCUUCACCUGGGACAAAAAACUGGAGACAAUAAUCAAAGGCAGUGUGUUGGGUGGUGGAGCAGGCAAACUGCCUACUGUAGUGUCACCUGAAGUGUACCGCACUCGCUUUUGUCAUGCCAUGGAUCGCUAUUUCCUUCUUACUCCAGAUAGGUGGACAGGCUUAGGACUAGGUAUAGAUCCCUAGCUACCUGGUAAGUGUUUCCAUUGUAGAACAUUUACAGGACAUACCAUUUUUAAUAACUUAUUAUUGCCAUUAUAUUGAAAGCUACAUCUUACAAGUUAUACUAUCUGAAUUUGAUACUGUGCUUUAGGUAAUAAAAAUUUUGCAUAUCAAAUUACAGCUGUAUUAUAAUUUAUUUAUUUAUUUUAUUUAUUUUUUUUUUUUCCAUGUUUGUGAAAUAUUGAAAGGUACUUCCUCAAGUCAUAUCUCUUAAUUUAAAGUAUAGUUACAGCUGUAUACAGUACCUAGAUAUGUAAGUAUGUAAAUACACUUUUCCAUUGCAAAAACAAAAUUGUGCCUCUGUAAACAUUGAUUGUAAUAUUUUUUCUUUGAUAUGGGUGCAUAAACAGUUUUCAUUUCUGCCUUGAAAAGUUGAUUAAUAUUUUAAUAACUUGGGAAAAUUUUUAGCACAUAGAGGCUACAUAAUUACCUGGAAAUAUCUUUAAUGUUUUACUUAAGCAUCCCAAGUUAUGUCUUUUUGUAAUAUAUAUAUAGUAUGUAUAUUUUUGUCUUCAAUUUGUAAAGCUAGAGUUUUUAAUAACAAUUCAUUUUAAUAUAUUUCACAUUAAUAGUGCAAAUGUUUUCAAAGUAAUCUGAGUGAAUCAUGAGUAUGUGUACACAAAGGAUUGUGAUCUGACUAUUGACAACAAAACUAGAUGAACCUCUUUCCCUUAGAAGUAAUGGCACGUGUGAGAUGAAAACUUUAAGUGUGAUUCACAUUUUGCUCACUAAUUCCCUUAUUUAUAAUGUUUCUCAAAUGUACAGUUUUAGUUACCAGCAGCAAUGCUUUAGAGAAUUUCUUACUAACCAAAAAAAUUCAGUCUACAGAAAAGUUCCUGAACAUAAGCCUUAUUUAUGCAAUACAUCUAAUAAUUUGGUUUCAUUGUUACCAGGUACAGUACCUCACUAAUCAUUAAAAUACUCACUGUAACUUCUGGCAGGAUGCUGGAGAGCUGUGUGUAAGCAGUUGAUAUUGAUAUUUUUUAAAAGAUGAUUUAGUUAUCAGGAGAAUGGGCACAAUAAUGGACAAGUCACAUCCCAGGAGGUCGUAUCAGUGCAUGUCUCUAUUAAUCUAUGUUAUAUUUAUUAUUUAUUUCAAAUGUCAGUGAUAACCAGAUUGGGCUUCAGGAGUGGUGUGGUCAGUAGAGCCUCGCUUAUUGGAACUGUGUAGUGGUGAGAUUAGGUCAAAUUAGCUGGUAAUUGAAAUCAUUGGAGUAAAAACAUGACUUUCAGCAUAUCCAUAUUGUUGGUGUGAUUUUUUUUAUGUGGUAAUUUAGCAUAAUGAUGUAUAUAACCAAGACUUAUUACCUACUUGUAUGUAUAUUGUUUGCCUUCAAAUACCUCACAUAUUUGUUCUAUAGUACUUAAAAAAAGUUACCUUAAUUGGGAGAUCAAAGUAACCAAACAAUUGAAAGAAUUGAACAAUUGUUCUCCACCCAUCACAGUCUUACUGUAUUACACACAAUCCAUUUUCCCAUGGCAGUUCAUGGCACAAUAAACACACACAGUGUGACUAUAAAAACCCAAAUUCAUGAUCAUACACAAGUACUGUACAGUAUGUAAAAAAAUAUAAAGUCCUAAUAAUAAAUUUUGUACAAACAGUAGUACAAUGUAAUAAGAAUGGGAGGGUUGUACAGUCAAUGUUUAACUCUUACCUAAUAUAAGUACAGGUACUGAUGACACAUGGCACCCUCCUUCCCUUAAUAUAUAAAGACCUGUGUGAUUAUAUGCUGUCCAUAUAAAUUGUCAUAAUUAAGUUUCUAGCCAGUACAGUAUUUCACAGCUGAGUAGCUUACAUUAAAUAAUGCUAUCUCCUCUUUCACACUCAUUCUGCACUUGAGUUAUUUAAGCACUCCUAUUUCUUACUAGUAGACACAAUUAGGCUUUCUUUCUCCUAGCAGGAGAAACUAAAGCACUAAGUAAACAUGGCAGACACUGCAUGCAAAAUAAUAAAUAACUAGCUGACUGCCACAUUAAAUAUGAUGUACAAUACAGUAAGAUCUCAUGUUUCGCGACUAAUUGGUACCGGUUUUAGCAUCGCGAAAGUUAAAAUCGCGAAACGAGUGACAUUGAAAUACAUAUAAAUAAGCCUAAUCAGUUCCGCUGUGUCACCCUUACCCCCUAUAAUGACCUACAACUCACCAAGCAAAUGACAUUCCAGGAAUGUAUUCAUACAUAUUAUAUUGUACAUAUUGUUGAUGAUAAUAUUUAUAUACAGUCAUACUGUAGAAUAACUUACCUGGAUGGAAUCAGUGAAAUGCUUGACGGGGCUGUUUGAUGGGUUCUGAGGCAGGGAGGGCUGGUUACUGCUGCCUCCCUGCUCCCUCCUCUAACCUCAGCAUCAAAUCCCUCAAGUCUUGAGGCAGCUCUUCCACCAGCAAGUCACCCAACACCUCAAUAUCAUCAUCGGUGGUGCUGUCAUCAUCUCCUAAAGCGAUGUUUGCCAAGGCAUUAACAGGCAGGGCCUUGCACAGGUACCGAGUAUCAAGGGCCUGCUGACGAGCAUUAACACGGGACAUGUACAAGGCCUUAUAUUCCUCCAUACCCUUCUCAAGGGCAGGGCAUAUAUGGUUCUGAGCAUGAGGCCUGGUAUCGUAUUCUUCUAGCUGUUCACUGAGACGUGCGAUGGUUGUGAGAAACUCGGUCAGCUGGCAUGUUGAAGGUUCACCAGGCUUAACGUCAUCCUCUUGUGUUGGCUGCUGUUCUUCUUGUUCUUCAUCCUCCUCCAAUAUUUCCUGAUGUUAACCAACGAUUUCUUGCAAAUCUUCAACCUGAACAUCUGAAAAUCCUGGUGCUGGGACUGAGCGCGCUGCCUCCACUGUGUCCAUUAGUGUUGCCGCCACGGACUGCCUCUCCCCGCUUGCCUCGGUCUGCUCUGCCCCACUUAUCUCAGAGUUAGCGAACAAAGGCUUCCAUGUGUGUAGCACUGUUGUGACAUUAAUCUUAUGCCAUGCCUCAACAAAUCUGUCCACUACAUUUUUAAUAUUAUAUUUCUUCCAAAAUUCACAAACUGAUAACACUUCACGGUUGUGGGGUGGUGAGGUGCUCGGAGUCUGAUCGUCUACCAUCUCCUCCUGGUUAGCUGGUAGAGCCUGGUCACUGUCAGAGAGUUUUGCCUCGAUUUGUUGUAACUCAACUAAUGAGUCUGUCUGCUGACAAAAGUCUUUAUAGAGUAACUGAUAGUAGAACAGUUUAACAUUACUGAUGAAUUCAUGGUCAAGUGGCUGCAGAAGUGAUGUAUUAGGAGGAAGGAAGAUAACUUGUACAUUAAGGUGACAUCCAAUUAGAAACUUAGAGUGUCCAGGAGCAUUAACCAUCACCAGGAUCACUUUGAAGUCAAUGUUCUUCCUCCAGCAGUACUGUUGGGCGUCAGGAACAAAGUGCUUGCAAACCAAUCAGUGCAUAAAGAUGUUGUAACCCAAGCUUUCUUAAUAGACGUCCAAUAAACAUUGAGCUGCGACAUAUUGGCAUGCCGGUAGGCUCUAGGACAGGCAGCACGGUUAACAACCAGGGGUUUCAUCAAGAAAUCUCCACUUGCAUUAGCUGUGAAUAAAACUGUAAUUCUGUCUUUUGAAGUCUUUAUACCCUUUGCCUGUUUUUCAUCCUUGGCAAUGAAAGUGGUCUUCGGCGAGCAAUUCUAGAAAAUGCCAGUUUCUUCACAAUUGAAGAUCUGGUCUCGGCAAUAACCACCCUCUUUCACAAGAGCUUGAAAGACAGUUAGAUAUUUUUACUGCUGCUAUGACAUCAGCCGAUGCACUCUCCCCAUGGUAGUGGGUAAACUUGACUUCAUAACGCUUCUUAAAGGCAGCCAACCAACCAACAGUAGCAUUGAACGGUGGUGGCGUAAUAAACAUGUGCCUGAUGCCUUAUCUGUGGCCCAGACAGGUCGCCUUGCUCACGGUUUCUUCUUUCCACCCACUUGUGAAGGUAAUGUUCUGUGAUAACUAACAGUAGGUUUCGUUGUGAAAUAUCGGAAAACAUCCUGUUACUAGAAAAUCUUGAGAAUACAUUCACAGAAGCAGUUAAGGUUUCCUUGUUCUUCUUGAGGGAUUGUAUGGUUGAUUCGGGGCAGUUGAACCUUCACAUGUUUACAAGCACCACUUUUGAUCAUCUCAAGCAUCUCUCGUUUCAUUUCAAAGGUGUAUUCCCUCUUCUUGACCCCCUUACGGUAGUCACGCUUGGCUUGGGGCUUUCCUUGUUGACCUUCUCUACGACCAUCACUACCACCAGAACCGCUCUCGACAUUUACAUUACUCACUUCACUCAUCGUUAUUACACAAGAAUCGCUAAUACACAAGAAUCUUUAAUAGUUAAAACAAGAAUGUCUCGAAACGUAAACACAAUGGGUUAUAUAAUCCAAGGUCACUGCACCGCUUGCUCUUUCAAACUAGCUGCCAUUACUCUGUAUACAAAAAACAUUCGGCGGGUCGACGGAUAACAGAAGACCGUGACAUGCGUGACAAUGCAUGCUGUCCACUCAACAAUGACUUGCGAAACUGGUAAUGAAAAUCUCUAUUCUUGAGAGGCUGGAAAUUUUAAACGUGACACGGAACAUAUGAAUCGCGAAUCUAAAACUUAAUAAACUUGAGAUCCUACUGUAUAAUUAUAGUGAACAAGGAGUACAGUAAUAACAGGUGGGUAGAAAAGUGGGUGGCAUUAUUAAUUUGUACCCACUCUGGCAAGCUGAAGUGCUUAGCCAGGGGGAUGCAGGAACAACCCAUGAAGGCAUGCCUAGAUCUGAGUGACUGAUUCUACCUAUGUUUGUACACACACCAUCCACACACCUUAUCUUGACCUUUCUAGUCAGUCCCAUUCUUUAUAUUAUGACAAAUAUUUAUAUUCACAUUCCAUACAUUUUCUUGGCGAUGACAAGCUUUUCUCACACCAAACAAUCUGACCAAUCUUGACAUGAUUUGAGCCACAGUAACACACAAAGGAGAACUUCCCAUAAGAAAACUAUUUACUGUACAGUUACUCAAAAAACUACCUGCACAUUGGGGAGAUGGAUGAAUUUCAGAAUGAACACCGAGACCCCUGUUGUCUUGGUAGGGUUGUAAAAUUCCUUUGUCCGUUGUGUCAUGUUUUCUCAACAUUCAAUUUUUUGAGUAACUGUACAUAUCUUUUGUUUAGCUUUCAUUUCUACUCCACAUACAAAAUUGUUAAACAUAAACUUAUCUUUCUUUAUUACAUCAAAUAUUUGUUUUGUUUAUGUUGGCUCCUUUUUCACAGUCAGACAAUUUCUAUGUGCAGAAAAUGUAAUAUAGUUUAGGGAAGAACAUUUGAUAUAACCUAAUUAAUAUAAAUGUAAAAAAAGAGUAGAACACUGGAGCAGGGAUUCAAGUUUUAAUAACUACUGUACUGGUAUUAAGAUGUCAUGAGUGCACAUUUGCCUCAUUGAUUAUUAGGAAUUGGCCUUUUAAAGAUUUUAAAAACAAAUUUAAAGAAAGAAAAUCGACUAUGAAUGCAAAUAUUUGUGCAGUACUGUACUGUAAUUUCGAGUGGAGAUGUUUGACAUUAGAAAAGGGAAUGAAAGCUGUAGUUAAACACAAAACGGAAGCCUGAUGCAGAAUUUAUAUACAGUACUGUAUCUGGGUAGCUUGUUUAGCAUUGAAUGGAUGCUUAGUAGUCAAGAAGAAUUUUUAAAGGAGGGUAUAGUAGAACGUCAAUUUAAAGUGAAUCAAUUUAAAUUUAUUGAUUUAAAGCGACACCCACAAUUAAGGACACCGUAUCAAUUUAGAGCAAAUCUUUUCUAUUUUAUGUGAGUCAAAUCUUGCGCGUCAUAUGGAAAUACACGCUAUUUUAAGUUUCACGCCUACCGGUAAUGGUUCCCGCCAGAUGCCUCUCUGGGCACUCUACAAGGCUGCCCGCCACCCUCCCACACCCUCCCGCAACCUCAGUUCUCGCACUGACGCUCUUGUGAACUGACAUACUUCAUCUUCAGAGGAUGACUUGCCUAACUAAAGGUGGGUGAAAAUCUAUUUUUGUUAGCAUAAAGUAAUGAGCUAAUAAAUUAUUCCAAAUAAACCAUUUUUUACUAAGAAAAUAAAAAGUAAUAACAAAAACAAAAUAAUAGCAUCACUAAUUGAAUGGUAAGCUCAGCGUGAAUGUACAGAAAAAUAUUAAUUAUCUCAUAUUUCAACAAUACCUUGGUAUGUUUAGUUCAUAUUCCAACCCCCGCCCACCCUGACCUUAUCAAAUUUCUGGGUAUGCCACCGUGUAUUUUGUAAUAUUUCUUAUCAUUUGAUUUGGGUUUGCAAGCAAGAAAUACAAUUCUUAAGGAACUAAGAUUCAGGUGUGUUUCAUACUGUUGGUCUGUGUUUGUGUUGACAGUUUGAUUGUGUCUCGUUCUGUAUUAACAUAAUUAGAAGCUUGAUGUAACAGCAUUUAUGUCUCGGUUGUGUUCAGUGGUCCAGUAAAUAUUUGUUUUCCAGUAAAACUUCAGUAGUAAUGGACAUAGAAAGUACAGUACCGGGUAUGUGGUAAUAAGUUAAUUUUAUUUACAGUAUCUUAUAAAAUCUGCCUUUACUGCAUUUAUGUGUGUCUGAGUGUGGUGUUAUAUUGAGAUUCUUAAUGUUUUUCUAAUUUACUCAUCCAUCACAAAACCAAUAGUAAGACUUAGAUCCAGAGUGCUGACCAGAAUUAAUGUGUUGACUUCUGUGAUACAGACGUUAAUGACUUGGCACCCCUUGCUAUGUAAUUCUUGUAUUACAGCCCAGAAGCCUAAAUAGUUAUAUCUUACUGUCAUAAACAAGUCCCCGAAGGAAAUCUUUAGAAGAAAUGAAAAUGAAAGUGGGUCUCAUGGGCAUAACUGCCUGUUAAGGACAGUGUGGGUACAGCAUGUUUUAUACUAUGCAAGGAGGUAAUGAGGCCUGCACUAUACUUAACCACUUUCAAUUCCUCACCUGCAAAGUUAGUUACUGAUUUGUAACUGGGUAACCCAGGAUUGUUCUGGGGUCAAACCUGGAAUAGGAGGCAAGCAGUGUAGCCACUUAGCUGCCACACUCUUUUAAAAGUAUUGUACAUGUACUGUACUGUAAUAGUAAACCCCUUUUUAUUGCCUGGCCCAGAGUGAGGCAACUCGGUUAUCCUUCCUUUCCCCAUAGGAUGGCAUGGAAAUUUCCUGGGACUGAACUGGAUUAUUGCCUUGAAUUCAAUAUGUCAAAUGUUGAUGAAGAGUAAGAUGUAUACAUGCCAACAUAACUGCAUGACUUAUUACCUUAAACUUUAAAUUUUGAGUGACGCUUUUAUAAAAAUCUACUUCAGGGAAUUGGUUGUGACGGUAAGGCAUAAUUACCGGGGUAAUUAAGGAAUUUUCCACCUCCUGAUGUCUUGAGGUUCACCUUGGUUUCCUACCCUGGACUCAGGGUUACAAUACAUGAGUCACCUAACACUGAGCUCUUGCUAUAAAAUAGAAUUUUAGGGGUAUCCUCCUUACUGUGGAGCAGUGUGUAUGUAAUGAGGAUCUUGCAGUGGUCCUACUUAAUGUUUUGCUCAUUAGUGAAACACGUCCACGCUUGAUACCAGAGAAUAGUUUACUUAACACUUCCAUACAUUUCUUGUUAUACACUGCCCUUGCUACAUAAAAAUAUUUUCAGUUCUUUUGCUUUAUUCACGUCCGUAACUCUUAAUUACUACUGAACUCGUGGGGCCACUUCAUCUGUUGUUAAUAGUUUCAUACCCUUUAGUAUACACACACAGGCAGGUGCCUCACUUAAAUGAGUGUAAUAUAUGAAUAAUAUUUUUUAGUAAAUAAAUCUAGUGCUAUUGUGUAGUAUCUCAGAACAAACAGACUGCAUAGAGUUGUGCUAUAUAUUAGAGACUAUAUAUUAGAAAAUGAAAAAUGUUCCAGUUAACAUGAUACAACUAUUGUACAAGUAAAGUUAUUCAUAAAGGAAAAUCACAUUAAUUAAAUAGAAUAAAAAUAUGAUUUCCUCUUCUUAAGUGACUGAUAACCUUAAGUUGAUUCAUGAGAAAGUUUGAUUCUUGGUUCUGAUGAAUGAUUGGAUUAUGAACUUUUUUGAUGUCUUCCAUGAAUAUAGGUUGCCUUUAUUUAUACUGGCUUCGCAACAACCCGAUUCACAUGUGUACACAGUUUACCUUACACCACCCAAAUUUUGUUUACACCAAGAUAAGGUUUGCUCAUAUACAGCUGCACAUCACACAAAAUGCAUCAUGGGAACACAAUUUUUUUUUUGCGCUACACACCACAAGGAUGCCACCAGAACACAAGCCAUUACUCACAUACCAUUAACAGAAUUCCUUCCAUAAAGGAUCAUUGGAUAACAGCACUGUUUUUUUAUUACUGGUUUGUGAACUGUUUUUGUGUGGAAGUGGAGCACUGGCUGUUGUGACUAACCUCAGUUUCAAGUUCUAUACUACUAUUCCAUUCUGUUCUGGGUCACCCAUGUAUCUAAAUGAUCACCUACACCUUAUUAUUGGUUAUGUUUUUGACACCCAUUACCAUUUCCUUACUUUAACCAGUGAAUCGGAGAGUGAUAGCAAUAUUUUGUGUACUCUAUUACGUGAGGUGAACAUUAUAUCGGUUGCUUGAAGCUACUGAUGGGCUUUGUACCGGUAGUUGUCUACACUCAGUGAAAGCCGGACUCUCCUCAUAUACAGAGUGUUUCCAAAAUAUGUUUCAUAAUUCUGGGGGUGUUGACACUAUAGUCAUGAAGUCAUUUAUCCUUAUGUAUGUACAAGGAUAAAUGACUCCAUGACCGUAGUGUCAAUACCCCAUAGUUUCAGAGUUAUAACACAUGACAAUUGGGGUUGUAAUGUGAUAAAAUCUACAGAUUAUAAAUGAAAUAUCCAGUUGAUUCUGGUACAAUUUACAGUGUCUACGAUCACAUGCAAUCUGAUGUUGAUUUUACAGUAAAUGUUCAAAGUUCCGAUCCUCUUCCUGAAUGUUACCAUUUACAGGGUAUACUUUAAAUAGAUCUUGAUAUUUUAUGUAUUAUGUCCAUAGAGUUGUUGCAGUCCUCCCCAACUAAAUUUUGUGGUAUAACUCUGAAAAUAUGCGGCAUUGAUAUUAUGGUCAUGGAAUCAUUUAGUCUUAUAAAUAUCAAGGGAAUACACCCUGUAGAAAACAAUGGAAUGUAUUGGUGAGUUGUGUAUGCUUAUUUAUAAUGUUCAGGAAUAUUUAUUUCAGUACAGUACAAAGUUAUUGUCUACAGUAAAGGGAAAACUUUGGCUGUUAAUGGAGACCGCCUUUACUAUGAAUAUCUACCUUCAUAUUUUGUUUAUUCCAGUAGGAACACAACACCAAUAUAAAUGAGAGCAACCUGUUAUCCAGGUUGUGUUGUUGAUCAUACUACAGAGUGUCUGAAAAGAAUCUAUAAACACUAUCUUCCAAAUUUUUUAGAUUGCCUGAAUGAUUGUUUUACAACAGCAACAUUGUCCUCAUUGUCGAAGAUGUCGCACAUCAACAAGUGAGAACAAUGUUGCAUACAUGCAAUCUUCACAAAAACCUGCGAAGUAGUGGGUAUACAUUUUUUUCUGAGAAACCCUGUGCAGUAUAUGUAUACCUGUAUGCAGGCUGUCCCCGGGUUACGAACGUCCGCCAAUGCAAACAAGGUUUAUCUUUAAAUUUUCAAUAUUUUAUUUUCCUGAUGACUUAUUUUAUACUUUCAUUUACUGUAUUUUGUUAAAAUACUUCUUCUUUUCUUUUAAAUUAAGUGAUUUUAGAUAUAUAAGGGACUUAGGCUAUGAUAUAGUGGGAGUUUAGACAUAGUUCUGUAAGCAUGGUAUGCACAUAGCAUGGUGUUCCGACUUACAUACAUUUUUUACUUAAAAAAGUCCCCAGGAACGGAACUCGUUUGUAACCCUGGGGCUACUUGUACAGUAUGUUGUUUAUUUUUUUAUAAUUCAUCCUGUCUUUCAUUCAGUUUAUAGGUAUAUUGUUUUGUAAGACAUUAAACACUGGUGUAAUGUUUUAUAUACUACUGUGUCUUACCAUGAUCUCUUAGGUGUUGCAUUAACCCCAUCUACAGUGUUGAUGAUGAUGAUGUACACCCACCAAGAAAAAUACAUGGACCCUCACAGCAUCAAACAAUGACAUAAUAUGACAAACUAGAUGAAAUAUUAUUAAAAGGAGUGGUUCAUAGUGGUAGCCCUGCUUGCCUAAUACAGUAUGGCAGUAAUUGAAUUAUCAGUUUUUUCUCUCAUUAUAAGUUUGUAUAUUCACAAUAUUUUUAUCUUGGAAAGUAAAACAUUUAAAAAACUUCUUUCAUUACAUUUGCUUCAUUAAAAAUUAAUAUAAAGACCCCUAGCCCCUAUUGAGCUGCUAAGUCUCCUGGGCAUGGAGUCCACUAACUCAGUAGUGAGGAGAUUUCACAACUCUUCCCACGCCUGUAGUGCACUCAUGACGACACUUUAGCGCCUUUUGGGGUGGUUCACCGGCAUCUGUUGCGUCACGGCAUAUCAUACCUUCCUGAUGGGGUUAAAGUCCAGGGAUUGUGGUGGAUGUGGCAGUAGGGUUAUUUCUGGGUGUUGGGCAAACCACUCUUUGACCACAUGACAGGUGUGGAUGGGGCUGUUGUCUUAAAUAAGGUAAAAAGGCUCAGGCUCGGAAAACAAUAACUCCGCCACUGACAGCAAUAGAAUGACUUCUAAUAUGUUGAUAUACUCGAGACCGGUAAAUCGGCCCAGCCCAACAUCGGCCAGCUCCCCCACACCUCCUACGUGCAUUCACCCAAACAAAGCCGCAGUGACUCAGUCACUUCUGAAUUGUAUCUACAAACAAUAUUUAAAUAAAUCAAUACUGUAUCGAUGGAACUCUUCAUAAAGAAAACAUGAAUUAAAAUAUGAAUUAACAGACGUAAUUAUGAGACAGAGAGAGAGAUUUAUUACACCUAGUGUUUCAUAUCCGCCACACUUUAGUAUUUCUGUGAUUGUCUGAGCUGAAUGUCUUCUCAUCACAAAAGACUACGUGGUCCCAGAAACUAUCGUCUUUGUAACAGUAUUGUAGCGAACACUCCAUUCUGUUCUCCCUGUUCAGCUCAGAGAGGUGCAGCUUCUUUGCUGGUGUGUAACUAUGCAGAUCCAUGGAGUGAAGUCUGCUUCGGAUAGUCUGAGGAGGACAUUGUAGCCCAAGGUCAUCCUGAAUGCUGACAGCUGUGGCAAGUGGAUCGGUGUCAAUGAUCGACAGUAUUGCCUGAUCCAGAGAUGGAGGAAAACAUAUUAAUGUCUUAAAAGAUGAAGGCCUUUUGCUCGUCAUGCCAGCCUCCUCGCAACACUGAUUAAUACACUUCGUUACAGUUGACUUGGACAUGCCAAACUACCGCACAAUUCAACAGUUGCUGAGGCCAUGGUUGUGUAGCGCGAUGAUAGACGAACGUGUUGAGUUUGACGUCUCCAUGAUGAGUGACAAGAACGUAGCAUGGAUAUAGCAUGUCGACUAUGGAAGCUUCCCAAACCCUUGCCUGACUUUAUAACUAAAUCACUAUAAUCAACUUUUUUUAUUUGGUAGACAAGGGCGAGGUUUGCUAGAUUUCAAAGGUUGAGUUCGUACUGUUUUGAGGUAUAUCGAAACCAACUCAUUCCUGCUUGCCAACCCUAACGAGAGGAGUUGUGUGUUCAAAUUGAAUACUGUCGUAGCCAGGGGUUGAAAGGUUCACGUACUUUUCUUGCCGGGUGUACUUAGAGCAUAUUAUUCAUCAUAGACAUAGCCUCCUAGCAAUAAAAGUGUCCUCUUGUAUAGUAUGGGUGGAUGAUACAAGUGGAUGUAGGUCUGAAGUUACUUAUGUUUUGCAGUACAGUACUGCACUUUGGCUAACAUCAGGCAUGCUUAUGACAUUGUUAUCAUAUUGAAUGUGGAUGGAUCACACCAAGUACAGUACCUUAACUCAAAAGACUUCUUUGAAAGUAUGAGUAAAGCUUGACCUUUUAUUGUCUUGUAUUUAGUCAUUUUUGAAAUAUGUUAACCUCUAAAAUGUGGCAAUAGUUUCCCCUGAUACCCACCAUAAUUGCAAAAAGUGAAGAAAAACUCUUAUACUGUAUAACUAAAAAAAAAAAAAAUCAGAAAAUUAAAGAUAUGGACACAUAUGUAGAGAAAAAGCCUUUUUUUUUCUAAAAAAAAAAAAAAUUUGCGAUAAAGUCCAGAAUGCGACGUCUAGCUUUAUACCUAGGUAUACUGUGGGAUAAGUGUUAUGAACUUGACUUACUCAUUUGGACAAUUUGCAUUAGAAUAUGUGAGAGGGCCCUUAGUCUUCAGUGAAUUGAUUGGGGGAAUAGAAUGUCUUGCAUUCCUCUAUUUCAUCUUGAUUUAUUUAUUUACUGUAUUUAUUUUUUAUUUUCAUAAAAAUCAUAUUUAUUGUUGCAGAAAAUUUAUUUUAAGACAAGAAUAUUCUAUACACAUCAGUACAUAUUACAGUGGAG